CUGAGUUGUUUUUCAGGCUCAACAGUGUGAACACCAGCUGGGCUGGACACGCACGUCUUUAUUCAUCCAACCAGGAACUCUGUUUAUGUGCUAAACAGCACUUUUCUUCCCCCUGCAGGAAACAUUAGGCAGCGCCGAGGGCGCAAAACGACAAUUAAAAACCCAACGCCAGCGAGUGUCCGGUGGUUUAAAACCAAAGUGGUUGCGACUCUAAAGAACUACAACUCCCAUGCUGAGCCGACAUGACCCAUUUAAGUAAUCCCUGAGCUUAUGGAGCUUCGCGUCCCGUAGUUGGGGAGUUGGUAGUGUUUUCUCUCUGCAACUACCGAGCCAGUCCGCGCUGUCUAUUUUUAUUUCUAGUUCCAUAUCCAGAGAAGAAGGCUCUGCUUGCCCCUCAGAUAUCUGCAGACAAACUGAGUCCAGCUAUUAAGUCACAAAGGAUGGGACCUAGAAGAGUGCUGGUGACUGGGUGCUCCUCUGGUAUUGGCCUGGCUUUGGCUGUACGACUGGCCAAAGAUGAGCUGAGACGCUAUAAAGUGGUCGCCACGAUGAGGGAUCUUGGGAAACGGGGCCCUUUGGAGACAGCAGCGGGGGAUUCUUUACACAAAACCCUGGAAAUCAAAAAGCUGGACGCCUGCAGUGAAGCCUCCAUCAAAGAGUGUGUGGACAGCCUGCCCAACAGACAAGUGGAUGUCCUGGUGAGCAACGCUGGUGCUGGCAUGAUCGGACCGCUGGAGUGUCAGAGCAUCGCGGCCAUGAAGGAGCUCUUUGAUACCAACUUCUUUGGUCUGGCGCGCCUGGUUAAAGAGGUGUUGCCCGACAUGAAGCAGCGCAAGAGCGGCCACAUUGUGGUGAUGAGCAGUGUCAUGGGAAUACAAGGACUCUUGUUCAAUGAUGUCUAUUCCGCCUCUAAAUUUGCCGUGGAGGGAUUUUGUGAAAGUCUGGCAGUGCAAGCGAUGAAGUUUAACAUCAAGACCACUUUAGUGGAACCUGGUCCCGUGGUGACAGAGUUUGAAAGGAAAGUGUAUGAAGAUGCUGAGCAGAUGGAUCUGUCAGAGACUGAUGAGGAGACUGCAAGAAUCUUCCGGGAAAUCUACCUGCCGUACUCUAAGAAGGUCUUCAGUUCGUUAGGCCAGACCCCCGAGGAAGUGGCUGAACAAACCCUUAAAGUGAUCACAGCCAAAGAGCCCCCUCUGCGCCACCAGACCAACCGCCUGUACAUGCCCAUGACCGCCCUGAAGCACGCUGACCCCACAGGCCGGCUGCCUCUGGACACGUUCUACAAGAUGAUCUUUAAGCAUGACAGCGUGUUCAACGCUACUCUCGGGGUUCUUCGCAUGCUGAAGAGGAGGGGAGGGAAACCAUGAUGGUUUGGCUAAAGCGAACAACAAAAAUGUUAGAUUUCAGCUUCAACUUCUGAUCAUCCCUCCUUUUUUUCUUUUUUAGAAUUAUAACGUCCCUUACCCUUUAUUGUUUAAUUUGAACAAUUCAACAAAACUCUAAAAAUGGUAUUUACUUGUCUGUAAGGAUUUUGCAUACACUGUGAUAGAUCUUAGUGCAGUUGGAGCAGGCAUAGAGUGUGUGCUUUUUAAAACCAAGUUAAUACAAAGAUUACAUUUACAUCUUUUUUACUGUAAUACUUUUAAUAAAAAGUAAAAACAAGCAGUAGUUCAAUUUAUAACAUUAUGUAUAUUUGGCUGCUUGGUGCAAUGACUUUGUUGUCCUAUUUAAACUAACUAAACAAGCCUUAUCUUCCUUGUGUUCCAAAGUUAUAGUAAAGCUCUUAUAAAUGUUUUUGAAAUAUUCUUCUUUUGUGUCAUUCAUUUAAUUUGAUUCUCUUUACACAUUUGUGUCUACAUACGUUUUUCCAUAUCUGUGUCUAUCAGAGGCAGCUUAACAUGCGGCCCAGGAAGCUG